GCGGACAUAGCGGUUUCGCGCACCGCAACAGCAAAAGAGCGCAGUGAACAAGCAGAAUACGUGGCGUUGCAAGCUCGCGAAGACGCCGAUACAGCCAGGAUAUGCGCGAAACAGUUUGCUCCAGAAUUCAAGCAGCCUGGUACCGAAGUUCUUCGCAUGCAUAUGAAACAACAGUAUAGCGGCGGGACAGCCAGCACGGCGAAUCACGUUUCAUUUGAUUCACCUCCUGCCUCAAAGGGAUCGCACGAAUCGCGGGAUCUCUCGGAUGAAGUGGUCAUCCUGAAUGCUCCCUCACUGCCGGGCAGUACGCCGGCCGGUAGCUAUCCAAUGCAGAACCCCGCUGUUGCUGGCAAUCUGUAUCAGCAGUACGGUAGUUCGGUUCCUCCCCAGCUUAUGGCCAAUCCGGAGACUGCAUAUCGACAGCAGCAACAACAACAGCAGCCGGUGAAUGCUGGUGAUUACCAGGGUGCUUCCGGGUACCAAGUUGCCAAUCCUUCUUUAGCCUACUCGCAGCAGCAGCUACAAGGUGUCACUGCAGCUACAGGUUAUCCGGGUCCGCAGCAGUCAGCCUUAGGUCCUAAUUAUUACCAGGCAUUACCGUCCGUUUCUUCGUCCUACAAUCAAGCUACAGGUUACACAACCGGUGCUCCGCUCCCAGCUUCAGGGCCCAAUCUUCCGGUGAUUCAAGCCUCAUCCUCGUCUUAUCUUCCAAAUGCAGUGCCUCACAGCGCCGGUGUUCCACAUCAAUACCAUCAGCAACAGCAUCACCAUCACCAUUUGCUUGCCUCACACUACCCGGUCCCGGGAACAACAACGGUGAGUGAUCGGCAAGCCGUUAUUAUCCAUCCUGAACCGUCAUCUCUGCAAGAUCAGCAGCCCAGCGGCGCAUCUGCUAUUCCCAGUGAUCAGCAGCAGUACUUCGCCGACUCGUACGAAUCACCGCAAAGCACCGCUUCCAGAAAUCUGCUUCAGGUAGUCAGUUGUUGCUGUAAGCGCUUUUUUUACUAA